AACUCCGGGAGAAAAACUGAGACCUCCUGGUCACCCGCCGCUUGGGCCUUUUAGAAACUCCUACAAGCUCUGACUCACCUCACUGGUCCUCUUCAGAACCCCUCUUAGAUGUUAGCGGCCAACAAUAAGUUCUCGCCUUACCUCUCCCAAAUCGGCCCCUCUGAAGAGGAAAGAACUUACGGCGGGUCGUGCUCGCCUCCAGCAGCCACCUCGCCCACGGACAGCUCCGCCCCUUCUCCUCUCCCUCCUCCACGCUCGUGCUCGGGGCAGAGUGAGGAGCUGGAACAGAAGGCCGGCAAGGCGCGCAUGCGCACCGAGGGUGGAGCCGCAGAGCACAGAACCGGAAACUUAGAGACAAAGUUCGGAGCCCCGCCCCCGCCGCGCGCCGCUCAGUUGUCUGGCCCAGUCUACCCACGGCCCACCACCUACCGACCCACGAAUCGGCCGGGCCCUCCAGUACACCAUGUCUGGCUCCUCCAGCGUCGCCGCUAUGAAGAAAGUGGUUCAACAGCUCCGGCUGGAGGCCGGGCUCAACCGCGUAAAAGUUUCCCAGGCAGCUGCAGACUUGAAACAGUUCUGUCUGCAGAAUGCUCAACAUGAUCCUCUGCUGACUGGAGUAUCUUCAAGUACAAAUCCCUUCAGACCCCAGAAAGUCUGUUCCUUUUUGUAGUAAAAUGAAUCUUUCAAAGGUUUCCCAAACCACUUCUUAUGAUCCAGUGAAUAUUCAAGAGAGCUCCAUUUGAAGCCUGUACAAAAGCUUAUCCCUGUAACACUUGUGCCAUAAUAUACAAACUUCUACUUCUGUCAGUCCUUAACAUCUACCUCUCCGAAUUUUCAUGAAUUUCUAUUUCCCAAGGGUAAUUGUUUUAUAUACACUGGCAGCAGCAUACAAUAAAACUUAGUAUGAAACGUUU